UAACAACCCACUUCAUCUUCUCCGACCUUGGCUCGGCCGGGCAGCUUGUGCCACGACCACGAUCUGCCGCCGCCGCCGCCGCCGCCUCCUCUCUCCGGCGACCGCUGCUUCUGACACGUUGCAGCUUGUAGUUGUAGCCAGCGGCGCGGCAUGAGGUUCGCGGGGUGGUACCUGAAGAUCGCCGCCGGCGGCGCGGCCAUAGGCGCCUGCAUGGAGCUGUUCAUGAUCCACACCGGAUUCUAUGAGCAGGUAACGAUGCUGGAGUCGGAAAAAAGAGCUUGGGAAAGCAGUCCAGAAGCACAAGCUAUGAGAGAAGCCUUGAAUCCAUGGCACAAGCGUGAUGAAAAGGGUGAUGAAAAAGAGAAAUGAUAGGCACAAGCUAUUAUCGGUCCUCCUUUCAAGUAAUUGCACUCCCAUCCUUCAGCUGUACUGUAGUCGCUUGAACGAGGCAAUAUGGAAUGCAGCAUUUUUUGCAGUUGUCGAAACAUGUACCCUUUAUCUCUGGGAUUGCUGGUUGGCAGCUUUCAGCUAUUUUCUAAAAGAGAUUGCCCUUAUGGAUCCAUGUGUCUUCUUCCCUACGAGGAUUCUUUUUUCUUUUUUGACACAUAUGUCAUAUGCAUCCAUUUUGGGUGUCAGUCAAGUUCCAUAACUGCUAUCUUUAGCAAUAUAACAAAUAAUUUUAAACUCA